CAGCUCAUAGACCAUGAAGAUCCAAACUGGGUUUGACAAGACACUUAAGGAAGUGUAUCACAUGCUAGCACUUCCUUACCCACCCUGUUCAAUUAAAAAUGAAGAACAGCCUGAAAUCGAAGAUGAGGAUGAGGUUGAACUUGAAGAAACAGCCAUUCUAGUCAAACCAUUCAAGCCAAAAUUCAAGUCUUACAACAUCAACAAGGAUAGCCUGACCUCUCACCGUGCUGCCAAACAGCUGACUGGGUUGAUCAGCGAACUUGAGCGAAAGAGAAGAGAGAAUGAAAGUAAUAAAGAAGUUCAUAACAACACCAACUAUUUGGAAUACAAGGAAAAUGUCGUAAACUUAAUCAAUCAUCUUUCCUCUAGAGCAAAGGCAGAAAAGGCUCAGAACGAUUCCCUGGAAGAAGGACAGCUGAAAGAGAAGAAGAAAGUGCUACUGUCGGACCUGAGACGAUUCUCAAAUGCAUUGCGAGCUGACAAACAAGAGGAAACUGAACAGGCACGAAGAGUAAUAGAGUGUCAAGAUAACAGCGGCAGACGAGCCACGAUUGAUAUGGUGGCCCAACUAACGCCCAUACACGAGCAGCUUACAUAUUUCUUUCAAGGAGAAAAUGCUUGUGCCAAUACUGUGGUGAGGGCAGCUUCGAGCGGUGAUUUCGAGUCUCUCUAUUCUUCUGAUUCGAGAGAGAAAGUGCUGGAGACAAGGGACAAGAUGAAUCACAUAUUGGACUCGGUCGAGUUGAGUGAAGAAAACGAUAUACCUCGCCCAUUGGAGGGAACAUUAUUGAAGGGUGCUGGAAAGAUUGGUCGCAGUUGUAAGAAGGGAAGCGAUGCUUUUAAAUCUAACAUGGAAAAUAUAGCAGAGAAUAACCGUAAGAAGUCUAUCGUCCACAGUGAGCUGAUGGUAAGCAUGGCAAGGAACACCGGAGAGAAGGAGCGCAAGGUGGCGGCGGAGGAGAGGAAGUGUAAGGACAGGAUGAGUGUAGUACUUGAUACCAUGGUGCACAAAGUGAAGGGUAAGGAAGUAGAGAAGCUAAGAGACGAGGAGAGGAAGAAUGACGAGUUCGACCGAGCACGAGUGGACACUAUUGACAAGAUAAACGACUAUGGCAAAAGGAAGGAGGUGCUGGACAAUGCUGAUACAACGUAUCUUACUGACACCAAGCACGAUGCAAAAACUGCGCAAGCAAAGAGAACUUCUAUAGAUGUAAUAGCGAACACAGAUCGCAAAAAAGUUCUUCAUAAAACUACAGGACCGGCUAGGAUACCAGCAAACAAGUCGGCAGGGCGUGUAGUGAAGGAGCGUCGACCUACUGGCGCCGUUAUUCCCCCUGGAAAGUUCAUCAAACCAGUUGUGAAAGGAACGGGAUCUCCCAGCACUGUGCGCGGCACUUUACAACAACAGGGUGGUAAAGUACCAGCACGCAAACCAUCCCAACCACAAGCUCCCGUUACAGGGCCCCGAAAGCCAUCAGGAGCAUCCCCGAGCACAUUGCGUAAACCAUCGGCUGGUCCUGCUGGAAAAGUAUCUCCUAGCACAUUGCGUAAACCAUCGGCUGGUCCUGCUGGCAAAGUAUCUCCUAGCACAUUGCGUAAACCAUCGGCUGGCCCUGCUGGCAAGGUAUCCCCGAGCACAUUGCGUAAACCAUCGGCUGGUCCUGCUGGAAAAGUAUCUCCUAGCACAUUGCGUAAACCAUCGGCUGGUCCUGCUGGCAAGGUAUCUCCUAGCACAUUGCGUAAACCAUCGGCUGGUCCUGCUGGAAAAGUAUCCCCAAGCACAGUUCGUAAGCCAUCGGCUGGUCCUGCUGGUUCGCGUAAACCCUCUGCGAGUAAACCUACCCAAGGUUCUACCUCCAAAUGGAAUUAAAUCACACGGACCCUGAAGAAUGCAGGUCGAGUUAGUAUCGGCGACCCCAGAAAUGUUAUUUUCAGUCCGCGUCCUGGAAACUACUGAAAACUGAGAAUAAUAUGUUUCGGGUAACUAUUUUGGAAGCUGAGCUGGCAUUUUUGUGAGCUUAAUUUUUGGUUUCUUGGUAUUGUGUUGAUUAUUUUUUGUGUGUUACCUGUUUACAUUGUACGUGUGGAAUUUUUGAUAUCUUUUUAAAAAGCGAACAUUGCAUUUGAAAUACCGUCAUGUUUUCCGAAUUCUGACAUACGUUGUAUCGUCAUAGUUAGUAAAUUUGAAUAUAAUUUGAAGCAAUUUUCUUCGUGUUUUCUGCUAUUUUUUGACGAAUUCUUCUUUGCAAAAGAACGAUCCUAAUAAUAGACACAAGAACUAUUCAAAUUAGAGCAUA